CUUGGUCUUUUCAUCAUAAAAAAUACCCAAAAGAAAAACGAACGCGACUUUUCCCAGCCUCAUUGCUUUGCGUUAAAUAAUUGCUCUAUUUAUGUGCAUUUGCGUGCGUGAAAUUCGGUAAAAGUGCAUAAACCGGCGUACCGUUUUGUUUAGCUGCUGAGGGGGUACACGUUAGGCGAGAGAACCACAUCCAGCCAUGUCGGACAUUGACGACGAUUUCAUGUGCGACGACGAUGAUGAUGAUUACGGAUUGGAAUACUCCGAAGAUAGCAACUCGGAGCCGGACGUGGAUUUGGAAAAUCAAUACUACAACAGUAAGGCACUGAAGGAGGAAGCACCGCAGGAUGCGCUAAAAUCGUUCCAGAAGGUGCUGGAUCUGGAGAACGGCGAGAAGGGCGAAUGGGGUUUCAAGGCACUGAAACAGAUGAUAAAGUUAAACUUUAAGCUGCAAAACUAUCCGGAAAUGAUGACACGCUACAAGCAACUGCUUACCUAUAUCAAGAGUGCGGUCACGCGGAACCAUUCGGAGAAAUCGAUCAAUUCCAUUUUGGACUAUAUUUCGACGUCCAAAAAUAUGGAGCUGCUGCAAAAUUUCUACGAAACCACACUGGAAGCGCUGAAGGACGCAAAGAACGAUCGGCUAUGGUUCAAAACAAACACCAAACUAGGCAAGCUUUACUUCGAUCGGAACGAUUUCGGCAAGCUGCAGAAAAUCCUCAAACAGUUGCACCAAUCCUGUCAAACCGAUGAUGGCGAGGAUGAUCUGAAGAAGGGUACGCAGUUGCUGGAAAUCUACGCACUCGAGAUCCAAAUGUACACGGUGCAGAAGAACAACAAAAAGCUAAAAGCCCUGUAUGAGCAAUCGCUGCACAUUAAGUCGGCCAUUCCACAUCCACUGAUUAUGGGUGUGAUUCGCGAGUGUGGCGGCAAGAUGCAUCUCCGGGAGGGCGAAUUCGAGAAAGCCCACACGGACUUUUUCGAAGCGUUCAAGAACUACGACGAAUCGGGUUCGUCUCGUCGGACAACUUGCUUGAAGUAUCUCGUGCUGGCCAACAUGCUGAUGAAGUCCGGCAUCAAUCCGUUCGAUUCGCAGGAAGCAAAGCCGUACAAGAACGAUCCGGAAAUUUUGGCCAUGACGAAUCUGGUGAUGGCAUACCAGAACAAUGACAUUAUGGAGUUUGAGGCGAUCCUGCGCAACAAUCGAAACAACAUUAUGGCGGAUCAGUUCAUCCGGGAGCAUAUCGAAGAUUUGCUGCGCAACAUACGGACGCAGGUGUUGAUAAAGUUGAUCCGGCCGUACACCAAGAUUACGAUCCCGUUCAUAUCGAGCGAGCUGAACAUUGAACCUGCGGAGGUAGAAAGUUUGCUCGUCUCGUGCAUACUAGACAACACAAUCCAGGGUCGUAUCGAUCAAGUCAAUCAAGUGCUGGAAUUGAACAAAGAAGCUCGUUGUGGCGAACGGGACAUUGCGAUCGAGAAGCUAGCCACACAGAUCAACUCCGUACAGGCAGCCAUUAUCAACAAGAUGGCCUGAAGUCAGGAUUGCUAAAACGAUU